UCUAGGAGGCGCAUCUUCGGUUAAGUUGCUCCUCUUUUUCUCCCGUCAGCCCUUUCGCCGAGUGGGCGGUGCUUGGGUGAGCUGAGGCAGAGCGAGCGAGGCAGGCCUGGGUCGUGUGUCGGCUGCGCGCGCCGCUCCCCUUGUCUUCUCGCUCUCUCCGGCGCUGCUUGUGCCAGCCGCCUCCAUUCCCUGCCUCCUUCCCCGCGGCGGAGCCUUCCGUCGAGGCCCUCCCCCCCGGCGUCCCACCCCUUUUCUCUCUCCCGGGCGGCCGUUCUUUGGCGGCUCCUGCCGUUCUCACGCUUGGGUUUUUGCUCGGUGGGAGGCGGACAUGUCGGCCUCAGCGACGGCCCCGGCCCCUGCGGAAGCGGCUGCUGGCGGCGGCGGCGGCGGGGGGGACAAGCAACGCUCCUCUUCCGCCACGGCCGCGAGCGCCGCCUCGGCCACGGAGAGCAUCGACCUGCUGGAGAAGUGCGGCGUCUGCCGCGAGCGCCUGCGCUCCGAGCGGGACCCGCGCCUCCUGCCUUGCCUCCACACCGUCUGCAAGGAGUGCCUGAAGACCGAGCCCGCCGCCGCCGGAGGGGGCAACAACAAGGAGGAACAAGUGGUUGACUGUCCUGUGUGCAAGCACCAGUGUUACCUAAAGGAUGUAGUGGAGAAUUACUUUUUGCGAGAUGGUAGCACAGAACCUCUUGGAGAUGCAAGAGAUGCCAACCAGUGUUGCACCAGUUGUGAAGACAAUGCCCCCGCCACCAGCUACUGCGUGGAAUGCUCAGAGCCCCUGUGUGAGACGUGCGUGGAAGCACAUCAGAGAGUCAAGUACACCAAGGACCACACUGUCCGGUCUACAGGUGCCGCCAAGUCCCAGGAGAGAGAGAAGACUGUCUACUGCUCGGUCCACAAGCACGAACCACUGGUGCUGUUCUGUGACACUUGUGACACCCUGACCUGCCGGGACUGUCAGCUGAAUGCGCACAAGGAUCAUCAGUACCAGUUCUUGGAGGAUGCGGUCAAGAACCAGCGUAAGAUGCUGGCCACAUUGGUCAAGCGCCUGGGUGAUAAGCAUGCCACUCUACAGAAGUCAACCAAGGAAGUGCGUUCCUCGAUCCGGCAGGUGGCUGACGUGCAGAAGCGAGUACAGGUAGACGUGAAGAUGGCUAUACUGCAGAUCAUGAAGGAGCUCAAUAAACGGGGCAAGGUCCUGGUCAGUGAUGCACAGAAAAUUACUGAAGGGCAGCAGGAGAAGCUAGAGAGACAGCACUGGACCAUGACUAAGCUCCAGCGCCACCAGGAGCACAUCCUGCGCUUUGCUAACUGGGCCCUGGAGAGUGACAACAACACCGCUCUGCUGCUUUCCAAAAAGUUGAUUUACUUCCAGCUGCACAGGGCUCUGAAAAUGAUUGUGGAUCCUGUGGAACCCCACGGGGACAUGAAAUUCCAGUGGGACUUAAAUGCCUGGACCAAGAGCGCAGAGACAUUCGGUCAGAUAAUCUCGGAACGGAGUGGCUUGCCAGUGGUGCUCAAUGCCCAGACCGGCCAGCAGCGAGCCAAUGCCACUGGUGCUGCAUCUGGAGGAGCAAGGCCUGGUGUCCCACCUUCUCAGGGUGUCCAGCAGUUGUCUCUGCAGACAAGCGUGAUGAACAAGGGAGCCCUGCUCCAGCCUGUGCUGGCUUCCAACAGUCAGCAGGGUAUUCCUGACUGCUACAUUAAUGAAGCCAGUGCCUCUUCUGCGGGGCAGCCAAUGGACAUCAGUGAUGGCUUCGGUAUAGAAGGAUCAUAUUCUGGUGAAGCAAAUGUGUCUGGAACAAAAAGGCCCCGUGGCCAAGAUGGAGAGUCGGGUGGCAUGCGCAAAGUGCCCCGCGUGAGUUUGGAACGACUGGAUGUGGACUUGACAACUGACAGCCAGCCGCCUGUCUUCAAAGUCUUUCCAGGCACAUCCACCGAAGACUACAAUCUCAUUGUGAUUGAACGUGGGGCCCAGCAAGCUGCUGCCGCUGCUGCCCAACAAGCAGCCACUGCAGUGAAGGAGGAGCAGAUGGAGGCAGCCAUUGAGCACCCUGUGGGCACUGAAGGGAAGGACACCAAGCCCGUCCUACCCCAGGAUGCCCCCUUGGCAGAAGGCUCUUCAGCCCCUCGGCUCAUCUCUCCCAGCGGCAGCACUAGCUCCGCUACAGACAUGCAGUCCAUUCAGAGCCAUGACGGCACAGCCAAUGGAGAAGAAGCGGCUUGCUGCAGGGUCUGCCUGAAAGCCGGCGCUGUUGUCAUGUGUGACGGGUGCAAGAAGUGCUACCACCUGGAUUGCCACCUGCCUGUCCUCCAGGAAAUCCCCAGUCAGGAAUGGAAGUGCCUGCUGUGUGAGGAACCAGUGGCCAUCCGUGAAGAAGUUGGAACUGCCUUGACUCCGAUCUCCGUAGAUGGCGAGCUGAACAUUCUCAGAGAUGCUGACCAGCAGAGAUGUGAACGAGUCCUCCUUGAGUUGCUGUGUUAUGAGCCUUGCAGGCCUCUUCACCGACUCUCCAACACCACGGAGGGACAGAACACCAUCGACUUGACCUUGAUCAGAGCUAAGCUGCAGGGGAAGCUCUCCCCACCCUACAGCUCUCCCGAUCAGUUUGCCGAGGAUGUCUGGAAGAUGUUCAGGCAGUUUAACAAGCUGACAGAGGACAAGGAGGAUGUCCAGUCCAUCAUUGUGCUGCAGCGCUUCUUCGAGUCCAAACUCAAUGCCGUCUUUGGGGACCGCAAGUUCUCAGUGCUGGCAGACCCCAUCAAUCUGGACGAGCCACAGAGAGGAGAGAGCAGCCUUCUUUCCCACAGCACCCCAGCCGCUGAUCUGGGUGAAGUUGCUUCUUCCAAGCCCGAGGGAAGUGGCGGGAACGAGGGAAUGGCAGCAUAACAGACCCUGCCUCCUGUCAUCUGGACCAGCAUUCCACGGAGGAGAGGCGAAGGAGGGCAGCUCCCUGUCUGAAGCUGCCCUCGCCUGUCUCGGCCACUCCACCCCUUCUGGUCCUUCCUUAAGCAGCCCUCUGUCCCCCGUUCUGCACCUCUCUGCCUUUUUUUAGAGUUAUUGUAGAAUUUGACUGCUUAGGUAAAUGGUUAUAAAUGGUUUGUCUCUCUUCACACUUCCUCCCCCCUUUUUUGCUUGAUGAAUUUUAUGCCCUUGUUCUGAAAGUUUGUUUUUUGUACUGAAAUGAAAAUCAGGACCGUCUCCCUUUGGUGUCCUCUUAUAUUCUUUUUUUUCUUGGGGAACGGGGAGCAGGCGAGGGCAGUGGCUUUUUUUUCUGCCUCCCCUUCCACCCUUUUAAUGCUCUUUUAUUUGUCCCUUUCCAACCCAGAGAAAGCUCUUGUGGCCCACACACAAGGUGGAUCUUCUGACAAAUUGUAUACUGACGGUUCUUAGUUUGUCUCCAGGUUCCCAACCAUACUGAGCCAAAGUCACAGUGUUGCUCUGCCAGCAACUCUGGCUUGAGUUAGAAGGGGUGACAUCUCUAGACAAAGUUCCCCAUGCUCCUUUCUGGUCCCCUUGUGCCAACCUUUAAGUGUAGACAUCUGACAAGUACAGUCUUUGGGCCUCCACAAAGAGCUGUUUUCUGAGGCAAUUAUUAGUCUCUCAUGGAAUUUUUUUUGACCCCCUAUGCCCUGUAGGCUGCCUAAUUUUUUUCCUGUUAUUCAAGAGGUGCCCGCUCCAUAGGCGAAGGUAGUUGUAGUUUUAAAAAAUCCAGUUUUGUCCCCUCCGUGUAGCCGUACUUUCUGGCUGUACGUAUUUUCAAAUGCUUUCUGGGCCUAGUAGUUUUUCCACACUUAUCUCCCAAGAGCCAUUCUCAUGGAACUGUGCUUUUUUUUGCUUCUGUAUAUUUUAGAAGUUGCUUCUUCCAUGUUCGAGAAAUAAAACUUGUUUGCGACUUGGCUUUUGG